AUGCGCGGCCUAACAGCACAGGUGACGGCUCUCCUGCGCUUGCCAGAGGUGACCGUGCAAGCCUUUGCGGAAGAUGGAGUGACGUCAGAAUGUGUGCUUCAUGGCAAGCUCACUCCAGGGAGAAACGCACUUGCUUGCCUGGCUUGUGGUCCACAGCUUGAGGUAGUAAACUUUCUCACAGGAGCGCGGUUGUCUGCAUAUCGAUUCAAUGGAGUGAGUCAGCAGCCUCCUGUCGUCCUGGCUAUGAAGGAGUUCUCCUGGCAGAAGAGAACCGGGUUGUUAAUCGGACUAGAGGAAGCGGAAGGGAGUGUUCUCUGCCUUUAUGACCUCGGUGUGUCCAGAGUGGUUAAAGCCGUUGUUCUUCCUGGAAGGGUAACUGCCAUCGAGCCUGUUAUUAACCACGGUGGAGCCAGCGCGAGCACUCAGCAUUUGCACCCUGGCCUGCGGUGGCUCUUCGGUGUGGCGGCCGUGGUGACGGACGUCGGACGGGUCCUCCUCAUUGACUUGUGUUUGGAUGACUCGUGCGGCCAGAAUGAAGUGGAUGCGUCAGACCUUGAAGUCAUCACCGGCAUCCCAGCUGAGGUGCCGCACAUCAGAGAGACCGUGAUGCGGGCAGGGCGCCAUCUGGGCCUCCAGCUCGCAAGCCCGUCUGGGACAGCUGCAUCGGCGCUCUGUUACAUCGGCAGGACUAACCAGCUGGCCGUGGGCUUUUCCGAUGGCUAUCUAGCUCUGUGGAAUAUGAAAAGCAUGAAAAGAGAGUACUACACUCAGUUGGAAGGUGGACGAGUUCCCGUGUACGCGCUUACUUUUCAAGAGCCGGAGAACGACCCUCGUAAUUGCUGUUACCUGUGGGCUGUUCAGUCUACACAGGACAGUGAAGGGGACGUUUUGAGUUUACACCUGCUUCAGCUGGCCUUUGGUGAUAGAAAGUGUUUGGCAUCGGGACAAAUCUUGUAUGAGGGGCUAGAGUACUGUGAAGAGAGAUACACACUGGACCUCACGGGUGGCAUGUUUCCUUUGAGGGGACAGACUAGUAAUACCAAGCUGUUGGGCUGCCAGAGUAUAGAGAAAUUUCGAUAUCAUGGCGACAGAGAGGAAGGUAUGAGUGAAGCGCUGUCUCCUGACACCAGUGUUUCAGUCUUUACCUGGCAGGUGAAUGUAUACGGACAAGGGAAGCCUUCUGUGUACCUGGGGCUUUUUGACAUAAAUCGUUGGUAUCAUGCGCAAAUGCCAGACUCGCUAAGAUCAGGAGAGUAUCUGCAUAGUUGCUCCUAUUUUGCAUUGUGGUCACUGGAUUCUGUCGUGAGUAAGGCUUCCCCACACUACAUCUUGGAUGUGCUGGUGCACGAGAGAAGCUUGAGUCGAGGAGUGCCUCCCUCGUUCCCACCUCCUGAGCAGUUUUUUAGCCCAAGUACUUACAAUUUUGAUGCCACUUGUUUAUUAAACUCAGGAAUUGUUCGUAUAACUUGUAACGGCUUUCACAAGGAGACUUUGACUUUUUUAAAGAAAUCAGGACCAUCCCUCAGUGAAUUCAUACCUGAUGGUUAUAAUCGAUGUCUUCUGGCUGGCCUUCUGUCACCGAGACUUGUUGAUAUUCAGCCUUCCAACUUAACUCAGGAAGAACAGUUAGAAGCUAUACUGUCAGCAGCAAUCCAUACGAGUUCGCUGGGACUUUUGACUGGAUGUAUCAAAAAGUGGAUAGCAGAAGAACAACCAAAUUCUGCUGCUAAUCUGCGCUUUGUGCUCGAAUGGACAUGGAAUAAAGUGAUUUUCACAAAAGAGGAAUUUGACAGACUAUGUACACCAUUAUUUGAUGGCUCGUGUCGCUUCAUCGAUUCGCAAACCAUACAGUCCCUCCAGCAGUGCCGUUUGCUUCUUAGCAACCUUAAUUCGGUCUUAAACUGUUUCACGAGAGAGGCCCAAGACAUCACCGAGAGAGGCCUUCUGGACCUCCACAGGAAGUGCCUGGUCACCCGGCUCAUCUGCCGGUACACACAAGUGGUGCUUUGGUUCUGCCGCUCCGGGCUGCUACCAGAGGGCUUAGAUGAUGCCGUGCACCUGCCCCGCUUAUGCUACAACUACCCCGUCAUCCAGAACUACUACACCAGCCGUCGACAGAAGUGUGAGCGUCUGUCCAGAGGGAAGUGGAAUCCUGAUUACUUGAUGAUUGACGGAAUGGUUUCUCAGUUAGGAGAUGGCGUGGAGAAGCUGUGGAAACGGGAUGAAGGAGGCACAGGAAAAUACCCCCCCACCAGUCUACAUGCACUGCUGGACAUAUACCUCCUAGACGACGUUACCGAAGCGAGCAAACACGCUGUCACCAUUUAUUUGUUACUCGAUAUCAUGUAUUCCUUCCCCAACAAAACAGAUGCUUGCAUCGAAUCAUUUCCGACCGCCUUUGCCAUUUCUUGGGGCCAGGUCAAACUUAUCCAAGGGUUUUGGCUGAUAGAUCAUAAUGACUAUGGGAGCGGCUUGGACCUUCUGUUUCACCCAAGUACUGCAAAACCUGUGUCGUGGCAGCAUUCAAAGAUUAUUCAAGCCUUCAUGAGCCAGGGUGAGCACAGACAAGCCCUCAGGUACAUUCAGACCAUGAAGCCGACGGUGUCCAGCGGCGAUGACGUCAUCCUUCACCUCACUGUUCUGCUUUCUAACAGGUACGUGGUGGAGGCCUGGACUUUCCUGCGGCAGCACUCCGCCGGCCUCAACGUGGAGGAGCUCCUCAGGCACGCGUACGAGGUCUGCCAGGACGCGGGCCUGAUGGAGGAUUUGCUGCAGCUGCCUUUCACCGACACAGAGCAGGAAUGCUUGGUGAGAUUUUUGCAGUCCAGCACCAGUGUCCGAAAUCAGGAGUUCCUUCUAGUUCACUACCUGCAGCGUGCCAAUUACGCCUCUGCCCUGAGGCUGAACCAAACUCUGAAGGCCAAUCUCACGAAUGAUCGGGAUCCUCUUUUGCGGGAGAGAUCAGAGGUUCGGAAUGCUAUAAUAGACCAAUAUGGGAAAGUCCUUCCUAAAAUCCAGCGAAAAUUAGCCUUUGAGCAAGCCAAGCCUUACCAUCUGUCCACAUCACCAGUUCUUCAAGAAGUUUCUAGACCCAAACCAUUAUCGACUGUCACAAAGCAGACCGGAACAGGGACCGUGUUAACAAGAUCUACCUUCAUCAGUAGCGUGUUGUCUAAAAUUGGAGAGGUUUGGGCAAACAGCGACCCUAAAGACGGCACAUCAGCCUGCAGCAGUCCUAAAACAGAAGGACCAUCUCCUUCUCUCCCACAUGCAAAAAUGCCUGAGGCAUUUGUUGGAACACCAAUUUUAAAAACGUCACAAAAAGUUUCUAGACCGCCGGAUUCGGUCGUUCAUCCCGUGCCCCAGCCGUCUCAGCAUUUGGGAUUUAUUCAGCAAACCCCCCCAAGGUCUCCUUUAUACCGAGCGUCCAGUUCAUUGCCAGUAAGGUCACAACAGAAAGGAUCGAGUCAGAGCUCUCCCAGGGCUUCGGAAUUCCGCGUACUUGAAACUCCCUUUGUAGUGAAGAAAGCUAAAACUCUGGCCAUGUCAGUCGCUUCCUCUGGAUUUGCCGAGUUCACUCCUCAGUCCAUCCUAAGGUCUGGUCUUCGAACAUCACCUUUACUGUCUCCGUCUCUGUCGCCUGGAAGGUCCCUUUCCCCUCCUCUGCGACUUAAAGAAACUAGAAUUUCAUUCAUGGAAGAAGGCGUGGCCACAAAACGGACUGCUGAAGGGGCAGACGAGAGCAGAAUAAGACUAUCUUUUACGUCACCUUUCCAUAAAUGUGGAGUUCCGGCAGAAAACAGACGGCUGAAGAGCGAAGACAGGACAGCAGCCUUUUCCCCGAAUAGUCCCGAAAAGGACCAUCGAGAAAUGGACGUGAGAUCGGAGGACACGGCCUCACAGAGUUUGGAGAAACUGGACACGAGCAAAGAAAGUAGCGGUACCUCAACCAGGUCGGACCAGACCACCUUGGAGUACCAGGACGCGCCAUCCCCAGGAGACUUGGAAGAUCUUUUUGUGGCCUCAAAGCCAGUGAGCCCUCCCACAGAAUUAAUUGCUAAUUUGACUGAACAGACAGAGAAGGACAGUGAUCCAGACAUUCUUGAAUCAGAAAUAACUCCUCCAGACCUGGAGAAACAAACGGGCCCUUUGGAAGAGGCGGAGGCACAGGACCUCUUAGUCGCAGAGGCGGAAGUUUCCGAGUUCAGUCACCUGAGCCCCGUUCAAGGAGUCGAAGCUUCCCUCAGUGUACCAGCGGCCCACGAAGGGAAAAUCGUCGCCCUGAAAUCCCGGGUACCAGUUCUAGACGAAGGGGUAGUGUCUGUCGCGGCUGGUUCCUCUUCACUCAGAGCAGGUAACAGUACACCUGCGUCUGACGUCCAUGGUGACACUGGGGACCUGGGGCUUGUUGCCUCCGAAAGUCCCGUUACCUCUGGUCAUAAGUCUGACCAAGAGAUAGCACUGACCUUAAAAGAAGAUCAUGAAGUAGCAGCCGAUGUGCUGAAAGCAAGUGUUGACUUUCCAGAAGAAAAGCCUCUUGUCUCUCACGGUCCUCCGGAUACUCAAGAAAUUCAUGUGAUUGAACAUGAAAAGCUUGGAGUUCAAGAUUCGGGACACGAGGCUAACGAUCUUUCAUUUAAUGAGUUGUAUCCCUCAGGGGCCCUUAAGCUCCAGUAUAACUUUGAUACCAUUGAGCGGCAGUUCUGUGACUUGCCUGAUAAUAAAGACUCCGCUGAGUGUGACGUUGCCGAAGUAGAUGGGGAGCUUUUUGGGGCGCAGAGCAACUUUACCUUGAUACUGGAAGGUGAAGAAGGAGAGUUUGAGACAGGUGAUUCUGCCGCAUCUAACGUGUUAGCUACAGCGGCGAACACGGCAACGGAAGAAAAACCCGCGUGCGGCGGGGAGAAUGAUGGUCGCGGACACGCCGCAGAUUUCGUGUCUGUCACCACGAGUGACCGGGAGUCCCAGAAGCUGGAGACGUUACCAUAUGUGCCUGAACCCAUUAAAGUAGCCAUUGCAGAAAAUUUAUUAGAUGUGAUUAAAGACACAAGAAGUAAAGAAAUUACUUCAGAUACAGUGGAACCACCGUCCAUUCAUGACAACUUACCUUUAAUAAGCCAGAAGGUAAUGUGUCCCGGCAAGGUAGUCAGAGCUACGCCGAAGACUGUGCAGGAAACCAGUACACUGACCGUAAGCGUGAGCCAGACGCAUGACAUGAUUUCCUCUAGAACGCGCACGAGAGGACAGCGCGUCCAAAACCUGAGUGUCAGACCAGCUCAGCAGGAGUCUGCGGAUGUCGCCAUCCCUGGCACCCCGGGGCUUUCGGGCGGGAGGAGAGCGAGGAGAACGAAGGACCUCUCUGGGGCUUCCGAAAGUGCCUGUUCUGACGUCAGAGGAGCGUCUCCGAACCAGCAAGUACCCCAAAAUUCUGUUACUCCUCGGAGAGGACGGAAAAGAAAAGAUCACCAAGACACUUCAGAAAGUGAUCAUCCUAUGGCACGGGAGCCACCGGCCACUCCGGGUGGCUCACUCGGGAGGUUAAAAUCCUCUCCGCUGCUGGAGCCAGCAGCUGAGGAAGUUAAGCUUUCAUCUGUCACCAAAAAGACCCCUAGAAGAAUUAAAAAAGCGGUGGAGAAUGACGACAGUGUUGAAAUGGUAGAUCUAGGCGUAAAAGUUAGUAAAGUAGCACGUUCUGGCGGAAGCACCAGAAAACUGAGAAGUGCUAAACUAGGGGCUUCUGAAACCACGGGAUAUAAGCAAGAUGGAGAAAAAAAUGCCGACAAGGCACCGCCUGUUCAGCACAACAGCAGGGCCAAAAAGAGAGAAGUCAGCACGCCAGAUGUUCCGGAAGACUGUCAACGUGACACAUCCCAGCUGGCUCUUGAAACCGAAUCGGAUCUGCCUAGGAAACGGGGUAGGCCGAGAAAAAAACCACCUGAAGACGUGGGAUCUAAGGCCACUAAGGAAGUGAGGAGUCCCAAGAAGACGCAGACUCCCAGCCGCCAAAGGAGGUCCGCCAGGAGCACCCCAGCCAGAGGUGGCAAGGCUGACGCCGGGAAGCCAGCUUUAGAAAAGUCCGUUUCCGUGCCAGCGGAGGAACUCGCCACGGUGACCAGUGCAAAGAGGAAGCUUACAAAAAGGACCGAAAAUCAAAGCCAGACACGUGCAUUACGCUUAAUAUCGGAAAAAUGCACGGGCGAAGACCCAAAGGAACCAGGUGACCCAGAGGCCAAAGUGCCCGCUGCGGUGGCCGUGACCCAGUCCGCGCGUGGCAGGAGGACUAGGGCCAGCAAGGCCGUCUCACUGCUGGACCCUUCGGAACCAGAAACGGAGUUUGUCUUUUCUCCUCCUGUGUCAAAGGCUCCAAGGAAAGAGAAAGCUAAAAAAAUAGAGGCUCCAGCACAAUUGCAAGAACUAGUUUCAGAUUUAUCUUCUCAGUUUGUCUUCUCACCGCCUACUUUACGGACCAGGCAGAAAAACACAUCCAAUACAUCCAGACUUGGAGAUGAACUGAAAGAUAACACUCAAUCAACAGAAACUGUGAGAAAGCAAAAAGUGAAAACCACCAGGACUGCAAAGACCAGACAAGCAAGCAGAAACAAAGAAGACGACCCCUGGUCCCCUCCUCCAGUGAAGAUCAGGCUGAUUUCUCCUUUGGGAAGCCCGGUUGACGAUGUAAAGAACAAGCCUAGAAAAGCUACCACGGUACCGACGAGAGGUCUGGGAAGGAGCAAGAAGAAACUGUCUUCCUUUCCAAAGCAAGUUUUACGGAGAAAAAUGCUGUAA